GUGAAAAUUCCUCUCUAUCCAGCUACCAUGGAACGGAAGAUUCCUGCGAGAUUCCAUACGCUUCUACUUUAGGGGCUACGAUUAACAUAACCGGGAAAGACAAAUAUUGUUCUGGCCACGUGGGCCGUACUGGAUUUAAACCCCAUGUGGCCCACCCUGGCAGUAUGUCCGUACUAAUCAUGGUCUAAACCACAGGGGUUUAUGCCGUGGGUUAAGCCGUAUCAUAACUAAUCCGGUCUCGGUGUAUAGGACGAUCGCGUCCGUCCGAUUGGCACGACGUGUCCACGUGGCACGUGUGGGGGAGUUUUGCCCGCCUGUCUAUGGCUGCACUGUUGUGCUUGCUACAAGCAAAGCCAUGACCCAUCCUCUUUUCCUUGCUAUUUAGCCCAGAAAGUACAGGGCAUCGCCUGGCGAUUCCUUUCCGGCCAGCAAUUGGAUCUUUCGUAGCUCUCCCCCUCCUGGAUCGAUCGAUCCAUCGCUGAUCGCGAGAAAUGCUAGUGGCGAGAGGAAGUGGAGUGGAAUCGCCUCGGAUGACUCAUGGUUUCCAGAGGCCGCGCUGCCUCGAUCACAGGCCGGGAAGAGGAAGGCCAUAGCUAUGGCGGGCAAGAGCUUCUUGGAAUCGGUGGAGCUCUCGGAUGAUCUGGGCAGCGGCGGCGGCGGCAGUAGCAGCAGGAGCAGCAGCGGUAGAUCUUGGCACAGCCCACGGAUCUCGUUCUCCAACGAUUUCGCCCAACUGGGCGAUCUAGAUCAUCCCGGCAGCAAUGUGGGCGCUUCGCUAUCGCCACGCCACCGCCCCUCCUCCUCGUCUGGCGAGUUUGAAUUCACGGCCAGCGCCACCGCCGCUAGCGAUCGCGCGGCGCCGCCCAAGAACCCCCCAAUGCUCUCCGCCGACGAGCUCUUCUACAAGGGCAAGCUCCUGCCACUCCAUCUCCCUCCGCGAAUCCAAAUGGUCCAGGACUUGUCCGAGCUCCGGAUGGAUCCAGCGCCGCCUGGGAAGAACCAGCCCAUCGCCCAGAUGAAGCAGCAGCAAGGAUCGAUCGUGGCAAGAUCGCCACCGGUUGCCCUAAUGCGCCGCGAGCGCUCGCUGAGAUCUCCCGCUCGCCCAUUGGUGGUGGCGUCCACGCUCAAAUCCUCUUCCUAUCCCCCGCCGGGCUACACCUCGCGCCCCUCCUCACCCCCAAAAUCUGGCAAGUGUUCUUCUUCCAGCCGCUGGAGAGAUCUCUUCGGAUUUCAAAGAAAAUCCAUUUCUUCCCCAAAAGCAUCGAGUUCUUCCAAGCAAGGUGUUCCAGCCAAGCUUCUCAAGAUGAUCUUUAACCGGAGUAGCAGCUCCAAUUCCAGCAGCUCCAAUGCACCAGAGAUCUCUCCUCCGGAUGAUCCGGCAGAGAUUGUCCAUGACAUUUCUCUGGUGCCGCUGCUCAAGGAUUCCUCCUCUAAUUCCUGCGAUCCCGAGAUCCUGGCGCUCCACUCCUCGUCGGUCUCGUCUACUUCCUCCAAUUCCUCCUCGAAUUGGACAGCGUCGUCGGCUAAUUCCUCUUCCUCCUCCUCCGCGGAUUUCCCAGACGAGAUCGCCAUCGCCCCGGGCAGAAAUUCGAGCAGGAGCAAGCCCGAUUCGAACAGAGGCCGGGCUAGCAGCAGGGGGCGGCGAUCAUCGGCUGGAAUCUCUAACGCCAGGCUCCAUGGGCAGCUCCAGAACUCGUCGGCAGGGAAGAACAGCGGCAGCAAUCUCCAGAGAAGUGGGAGCAAUCGCAAGGCGAAUUCUUCCACGCUAUCGGCCAAGAUGCAGCUCCAGGACCACGUCCUGAUCGGGAAUUCGCGGCCCCACAGCGAGAGCAACUGGAGGCGGCCAUCGGAUCACAAGCCUUCCUCCUCGAGCGUGCGAGUGACGCCCGUUCUUCACGUCCCGGCGUGCAUUGGGCCGUCGCUCCGGAGCGUUAGGGUUCAUGGCUUGCGGAAGCUCUUCUCGUCCUCGUCCUCGUCCUCUUCCAAUCCGCCUCCCUCGCAUUCGCACGGGCCGGGCAAGCCAGAUCGCACCGUCGCUGUGAUGUGAGACCUCUCGCCACCUCCAAUCGAUCGAUCGACGGGAAUGGAUGGACGAAUCAAGCACAAUCCCGAGUGCUCUGGUUCAUCGCUGGUCCGAUGCUGCGAUUCUACUGCAAUUCGGGAUGAAUUCUCCCGAUUCGCGGCUGCCCAUCCAAGGAAAUCGCGCGCUGCGGCUGCCCAAGCGAUCGGAAAGCCGAGAUUUGGAUCCCAGAGUGAGGAUUUGAGUGUUGUGUGUGUGAUAUGUGAGAUAAGAGAGAUAUUCUUUGAGUGUGUUGAGUGAGAGACAUGGACCAUGACUACACAGGGGGAGAGUGGUCAACCAACACAAUAUAUAUAAAUACCUUUGUUUCUUUUGGA